GAUCUCGCGUGAUUUCAUGAAGCUCCGCCCUCCCGGAAGUAAACAAACACCGAAUACACACGCUGAGCUGUCAAAGUGUUCAAAAUGGAAAUUAGACAGACCCAGGCAAAUGUUCGGGGCAAGUACAGGUCAUACUCUGCCAGUGAUUUGCAUGAGGCAUAUGCUGUAGUGGUGGAACAAGGAUUACCUGUUGAGAGAGUUGCCAAACGUUUUAAUAUCCCAAUCACUACACUGAAAGAUAGAGUGAAGGGCAGAGUACACAUUGAUACUGUUCGGUCUGGUCCUCAAACCAUGUUUACAUUAGAGCAAGAAGCUUUUCUCUGCAAACAUUUGAUGACAAUGGCUGAGAUAGGUUUUGGCUAUUCAAGACAAGAGACAAUCAAUCUGGCAACAGACUAUGCAGUACAUUUGGGAAUCCGGGAGAAAAGCAAACCAUUCAGCCUUACAUGGCUUUACAGUUUUCUUGAUAGGUGGCCAGAACUAAAGGUGAAAAAGCCACGCAGUCUAGAAAUUGCUCGUGCAAAAUAUGCAACACGUCCUGCUAUUGACAGGUAUUUCAAUGAACUUAACUCCAUACUUACUAAGUACAAUUUGAAGGAUAAGCCCUCCCACAUUCUUAACAUUGAUGAAAAAGGCCUUAAUCUGGAACACAAACCUCCAAAGAUUGUUGCAGGUGCUCACUACAAGACGCAAGCCGUAACAGCCGGAAGGUCCAAAACAGUAACUGUUAUUGGCGGUGGCAAUGCUCUAGGUCAACAGAUCCCACCAUUUUUCAUUUUUCCGGGAGCUAGGAUGCAGCCAGCACUGAUGGAAGGGGCAGCACCAGGGGCCGAUGGAACUGUAUCAGAAUCCGGUUGGUCCAACACAGAGAUCUUCGGAAAAUAUAUGAAGGAGCAUGUAGAGCCACUUUUGCCAGCACGAAACAAUGACAGCCCAGUAUUGAUACUCUAUGAUGGUCAUAAGAGCCAUGUAUCACUUGGAUUAGUAGAGUGGGCACGAGAUCAGCACAUAGUUUUAUUCGUACUUCCGCCACAUUGCUCACACUUGUUACAGCCUAUGGACGUAUCAUGCUUUGGUCCAUUUGAAGUUGGCUGGAACGCAGCUUGCCACCACCACAUGAGGGAGUCAGGUGGUCGUGUAGUCACACGGUACGAGGUGGGCCGCAUCGCGAGCAAGGUAUACAGCUCUACUCUGACACCUUUAAACAUCCAGUCAGCAUUCAGGCGAUGUGGAAUAUACCCCUUCAAUCCUGAUGUCAUCAAUGACAAAUCCAUAGCUCCGUCAUUGACAUUUCAGCCACGUCCUGAAUCUAGCACAUGUCCUGAUGAGCUACAAGGUGACAAAUCUGAUCCAAAAAAUGAAACAACCAUGUCUGAAGCUAGGAUCUUUUUAGAGAAAAGGGGCGGUCAAAUCCUAGAGAACGUCACUGUUGCCAAGGUCAGGAGGACACUUAGUAAGGUCGUGGGAGGAAAGCCAAUAACUGAAGACACAGUGUUUGAAAACAUGAAAGACCACGUUGCCCAACAGAAAACACCAAGCUCAAGGUCAAAAACACCUAAAAAACAUCAAAAGAAAGACUUACCUUUGUUGAAUAUACCUAAGUCUCCUAGGCCUGUACAACAACCUAGCACAUCCAGCAAUAAUCGGAAGGCAGAUGUAGAAUCCCCAGCCUCAAUAAUUUCCGAUUCUGGUGAUGAAGAUGACACUGAAGUAUGCUCAGUUUGUGGUAGGUUCACUCCAACUGAGUUGAAAUAUUGUGUAAAUCUGACACUGGUAAAGUGGGGAUGCUGCGAUAAAUGCGACAAAUGGGUUCACUUGAGAUUUUGCUCCCCCGUGAAAGUUCUGAGGAGAAACGACCCCUUUCUGUGCCCAAAAUGCACAGAGGAGGAGUAGUUGAAGCACAACUAUGCUGUUGUAUUUUUUAUAAAAACAUAAAAAAAUAGCAAAAAAAAAUUUGACUGUUUUAGAAAUUUGUGCACAGAACGUUACGUUUAAUAUUUUUAGUGUUUAUCAAACUUUUGAACAUUGCCUUUACCUGUAAAAUGACAACCAAUCAGGACCGUCGAAAACAAUGACGUCACUUGGAGGGAAGCGGAUAUUGGUAUGCGGCCAUAUUUCUGAACUUAGAAGGUAAAUAUUUGUUGUGUACGAUUAAAAAUUGUAAGUUUGUUGGGAAAAUGAAUGUUUUUUAUGAUAAUGCUUCAAUUAUCCCAUUAUGCAAAGAUUUAAAAUGAAUAUAGUGCCCGAUUUCCUUACACCGUCGAAAAUAUAAGAAGCCAGGAUAUUAUAAGUCUCAGAUCCCUCCAUCGUUGAACAAAAGGUAGAUAAACAAAAGUAAACUUCACACGCUUCCCUGAUAAAAUCCGAAACCGGAAACAUAUUGAAGGGGAAACAACUGAUUUUGAACGAAAUAUUUUGCCUCAGGCGUAAUACCACUAUUUUUUACAGGUCUGAUGUCUAAAUAUUCUUUCUCUAGUAGGCUGUUAUCAAUCAUGUAACAAGCAGUCGUACUUUAACGGUCAAACUUUGUCUAAUUAAAACAUGUGUAAGAAAGAUGCGCGCGUAAACUUGGCGCAAUUUUAAACGUCAUUUCUCUGUGAUGUACUGUCUUAUAAGUUGGUAUAUACAUCUACUCAUAAUAUAGUUGUAUGUUUGUAUGUAUGCUUGGUCAGUAUAUAAUAUACUCUAGAGCUAGUCA